UGCACGAUGUCCGACACCGCCGCGAAGACGACCGUCUGGGAUGAACACACGCAGACGUUCCACGGCGGCCAGGACUGGAAGUUCCUGAACAAUUUUGUCGAAGACUUCAGUGUCACUACGAACGGUCUCGGCACGCCGGCGAAGGCGCUACAAGCGGCCACGGACGCGAUCCACACGAUCCACCAUUACCCGCCGGCCGACUUUCAACCGGCGUUGAGCCAUCUCUCGGCGUUCCUUUGGCCUCAUGACAAAGAAUUGGCCAACAUGCCACUCCUCUUGCUCGGUAACGGUGCGUCAGAACUGAUCGAUCUCGUCAUCCGCAGUGUCCCUGCUGGUGGUAUGCGUGUUGGUCCCAACACCACCCAGUACAAGGAAUACGAACGCUCUGCCGCCGCUGACGACCGCGCGAUGCUCGCUUCCACGGACGCUUCAGCCAAGUUGACGUGCUUGGUGAACCCAAACAACCCGACUGGCGACUACUACACGUUGGACGAAAUCAAGGCAUACAUUGAGACGUGCCCGGACAACCACACGGUAAUUGUCGAUGAAAGCAUGCAACCGUGGGUGGGUCCCCACUGGCGGGCAGACUCGCUGAUUCAAGAACGUGAAUGGAUCAAACACCUCAGCGAAACGCGCAAGUUGGACGUGUGGGUGAUGACGAGCUGGACCAAGAUCUGGUCGUGCACCGGUCUGCGAAUUGGCAGCGUCGUUGCCCCCACGGCCCAACACGCUGCCAACAUCAAGCGCAAGCAAGUCCCAUGGUCGCUCAACUCGAUGGCGCUCGUGUUCUUGUCGGCGGUCGUCCGCGACCAAGAGUACUUGAACGAAACGUGGCGCGUGACGCCCGUGUGGCGCGCCAACUUGGUGGACCAACUGCACAAGCACUUUCCGUCGUGGCAAGUGCAUGGAAAAUCGUACUUGUCCUGGGUGUGGGUCGACACGAAGAACGCUGCGACAGCUCUCCAAGCGACCGCUCUCGCCAAGCAACACGGCGUUCCGAUCCGCCACGGCGAACCCGGCUACAAACUCCCUAGCUUCAUUCGCUUGGCUGUCCGCAACCCAGAGCAGGUGGCGCACCUCUUGAACGCGUGGAAGUCGAUCUGGGAGCAGUAAAUUGUGCCGUGCAUUGUUGUAUUUCACCGCCGGUAACCCACUGAAUGGACGAUGCAUAAAGA